UUUUUUUUAUGAAAGGAGGGCAUUGAAAGUCAGCGUCAGAUCGCUUCACCACGGAGAAACGAGUGUCACUCAUCUUGGCCGCAGUACAGAAAGAACCGAACAAACACUCGUAUUAUGUCAGCCAUCUCUGUGCUGAGGACUCGCUGCUUCCUCCGGCACGUCCUCCCCGGCCUGCCCGCCGCCAUGCACAGGAACUACAGCCUGGAUGUCACCGCUCCUCUGCUCCGUACGCAGGGCUACGUAGACGGCCGCUGGGUCACCGCUGCCUCGGUGUUCCCCGUCGUGGACCCGGCCACCGGCCAGGAGAUCGCCCGGGUGACGGACUGUGGCGCGGCUGAGGCCAAGCAGGCGGUGGACGCUGCGUACAAGGCGUUUUACUCCUGGAAGCAGUACACAGCUAAGGAGCGGAGCCUCCUGCUGAGGAAGUGGUUCGACCUCAUGAUUCUGCAUAAAGACGACCUGGCCAAACUGAUCACGUUUGAGUGUGGCAAGCCCAUGCGUGAGUCUCUCGGGGAGAUCGCGUACGCCGCCUCGUUCCUGGAGUGGUUUUCGGAGGAGGCUCGUCGAGUUUACGGCGACAUCGUCCCGUCGCCUGCCAGAGACAGAAAGAUCCUCCUCCUCAAACAGCCAGUGGGCGUCAGCUCCAUCAUCACACCAUGGAACUUUCCCAGUGCCAUGAUCACCAGGAAGGUGGGAGCUGCUCUGGGCGCCGGCUGCACGGUGGUGGUCAAACCUGCGGAGGACACGCCGCUGUCGGCUCUCGCCCUGGCCGAGUUGGCAGAGCAGGCCGGGAUCCCAGCUGGGGUUUUUAAUGUGGUUCCUUGCUCCAGAGAAAAGAUGCAGUCGGUGGGUGAGGUUCUCUGCACCGACCCCCUGGUGUCAAAGAUCUCCUUCACUGGCUCCACGGCUACUGGGAAGAUUCUGUUAAAAAUGGCCGCCGACACCGUGAAGAAGGCGUCCAUGGAGCUGGGUGGCCACGCCCCUUUCAUUGUGUUUGACAGCGCCGAUGUCGACAAGGCGGUGGGCGGAGCCAUGGGAUCCAAGUUCAGGAACUCUGGACAGACGUGUGUGUGUUCAAACCGCUUUCUGGUCCAGACCGGUAUCUAUGACCUCUUCGUUGAGAAACUGGGCCGAGCGAUGGACGCCGAGCUGCGCCUGGGUCACGGCUCUGACCCCAACACCACCCAGGGUCCGCUCAUCAACACCAGAGCCGCAGAGAAGGUGGUCCACCAGAUCUCAGACGCUGUGUCCCAGGGAGCGAAGGUGUUGAGGGGAGGGAAGCGUCUGGACGGAUCGUUCAUGGAGCCGACUCUGCUGACCGAUGUCUCCACAGACAUGCUCUGCACCAAGGAGGAGACGUUCGGUCCACUGCUGCCUGUCAUCAGGUUUAACACAGAGGAAGAGGCUCUGUCCAUCGCCAACGCGUCUAAUGUCGGACUGGCAGGUUACUUCUACUCCCAGGACCCGGCUCAGAUGUGGCGGGUGGCCGAAGCACUGGAGGUGGGUCUGGUGGGCGUGAACGAGGGCCUGCUCUCCACCCCAGAGGCCACCUUCGGUGGCGUCAAACAGUCCGGGUUGGGCCGUGAGGGCGCAAAGUACGGCAUUGACGAGUACCUGGAAGUCAAGUACAUGUGCUUUGGGGGUCUGACACCCUGAGCCGUGACGCCGCAACACCCCCCCCGUCCGGCAGAAGGUGCACCAGAGGUUUGACUAGAUGACUACGUUGUUUGUGAAAGUCCCUGUAAAAUACAGAGAUUCUCCUCUUUACGCACAAUAUAUGUUAGAAAAUAGA